AUGGAGCCGAGGAGGAGCAAACGGAUCAAGCUCUCGAAGGAGGGAGACUUCGGCGUGCUGCUCGGCGCGCUGAUGCGGGACGUGCCCGAUCUGUUCGAGGCGGAGGUUCUGAGCAAGCUCAACGUGCAAGACCACUUCCGACUGGCGCAGGUGAACAAGGAGUGCAGGGACGUCGUGUACAAGUUGGGGCCCGUCGAGUUCAUGAGAUCUUCCGAGGUCGACGAUCAGCUCGGUCAGCUUCGGUCGAGGCGACAAGUUGCCUCCGAGGAGGGCCGCCUUGAUGUUCUGAAGUGGCUUUGGAAGCACGACGGUCCACUGACUACUUACUUCAAGGCAUGGAUACCGGCGGACAUGUAUUAUGCUGGCCUUCAUGGGCAUAAGCACGUGCUCGAUUGGUACUUCACGCUCCCGCGCGAUGGUCUUGACAGACGUGUUGUCCAGAAUCUCGACCAACUCGAAGGCGCCUGCGAUGGUGCUGCGAAGGGAGGGAAACUCGAACUGCUCAAAUAUCUCCGGGAAAAAGGCUCCAUCUUCAGUGCAUCCAUGUGCAUGACGGCUGCCGGGAAUGGACAUUUACAUAUUCUAAAGUGGUUGCGAGAAAUCGGAUGCCCGUGGAACGAAGGUACGCCCAGCGCAGCUGCCUUCAGCGGUCAACUUAGUGCACUGAAAUGGGCGCACGAGAACGGGUGCCCGUGGGACACGGAAACGUGUGCAGCAGCUGCUCUGGGUGACGAAUUGGAAAUAUUGAUGUGGUUGCGUGCUCACGGGUGCUCUUGGGACGAGGAAACGUGCGUAUACGCCGCUACGGGAGGUCACUUGGAAGUAUUACAGUGGGCGCUACGAAACGGAUGCCCUUGCAACACUGCGGUGCAUGUUGUUGUCAAUAAUCAAGAUCCUGAAGCGCUGAAGAUGUUGCACGAGAACGGGUGCCCGUGGGAUGAAGAGGCACUCGGCAUCGCCAUCGAACGCGGAGCCUGGACCUGCUUGAAGUACCUGGUCGAUAACAAGUGCCCGGGGGUGACUGAAGCAAUGAUGGAGUUGUACGAGUCAGAGUGGACGUGA